AUAUCCGAUUGUCUACAUGAUAGAGUUCAUUCGAGAGGUCCUUAUGCGGUGGUUCGCAGCCAGGAGGAAAAAAGUGGCUAAGUGUAAAUCUUUAGUGACGCUUGAGGUUGAUGAGCGUUUUCUCCAAGAUUUACCUAAGUUUGAAAAAUUCGCUGAAGAUGUCGAGACCUUGGAGUUAUCAGGUUACAAGCAAGUCUGCCUUCAAACAUUUUCCGAUUCUUUUCAAGAACCGAUUCUACCUAUCGCGGAUCCAAAGGAUGUUGUCAUCCCACAAAAUAUAUCGAAAAUUAUACUUAUUCCUCUACACAGUAGACGACCACUCGGGAGACCAACCUGCAAAAGGAUACCAUCUAGGGGUGAAAACCGGAAUCACCUUGCUGGUGGAAACUGGGGAUGUGCUGCGCCUAACCCUAAAUCUCGAAUCGCUCAGCUAUCGUUACUAGCCAAUAUCUAUCCUUACUUCAGCUACGUCGACAAUCCACGUGACAUAUCUCUCUCUUACGCUCUCUUCACUUCUCCCUCCGUCGUCGUAUGGAACGGCUCUCGCGGCUACCAAAACCUCUUCGACGCCUUGCUUGACGUCGUUUACUCUGCCGUCGAACGAUCAGGCGGAGGAUCUCUCCCAGUCGUUGUUUCCGAGAGCGGAUGGCCUUCUAACGGUGGGAACGCCGCGAGUUUCGAUAACACACGAGCGUAUUACACAAAUCUUGCAGCGCGUGUGAGGGAGAACAGAGGAACACCGAAGAGGCCUGGAAGAGGAGUGGAAACGUAUUUGUUCGCUAUGUUUGAUGAGAAUCAGAAGAGUCCUGAGAUUGAGAAGAAUUUUGGUUUGUUUUUUCCUAAUAAACAGCCGAAGUUUCCGAUCACAUUCUCCGCCGCGAGAGAGGGUUCGGCGGUUGAGUGAUGAUUUUAUAUGCUGAGGUUUGUGUGAAUGUUUAAAUAGUCCGGCUCGGGAGAGCUAUUCCAAUAAAUAAUUUCAAAUAAA